AUGGGCGAUGAGGUAACGCCUUCGGUGACCGAGUGGGAAUCGCAAUGGCUCUUCGCGGAGGAGGAGCUCCUGCAGACUCCGUCGGUGCUGGACGGAAUCUCUCCCGAGUCGGAACGCGAAAUGCGAUCAAAGGGCUGCAACUUCAUCACGCAGCUCGGAAUUCAGUUGAAGCUUCCACAGCUUACUCUGGCGACGGCGUCAACGUAUCUACACCGCUUCUAUAUGCAGAACUCGUUGAAAAAACAUCACUAUUAUGAGACGGCGGCAACUUCGCUAUUUCUCGCGACAAAGGUUGAAGAGAACAUGCGCAAAUUCGGCGAGAUCGUGGCGGCAUGCGUGCGCGCUGCACAAAAGAACCUCAAGAUGGAGGUACACCGCGACGACAAAGAAUUCUGGCGCUGGAAAGACUGCAUCCUCAGCAAGGAGGAGUACCUUUUAGAAUCGAUCUGCUUUGACGUCACGGUCGAGGUUCCCUACAAUCAUCUUCUCGACUACACCCACCUGCUCGGCGUGCAGACACGGCAGCUAAUACGGACCGCGUGGACGUUCCUUAACGAUGCAACGUUGACAAUGCUGUGCAUCCUAUAUCCGCCCAAGACUAUUGCUGCAGCAGCCCUCUACUGCGCGGCGAAGCACUGCAAUGUCGAGUUCCCGGACCAGGAUGACAAGCCGUGGUGGGAGAUCAUUGGCGUCAAGAUCAAAGAUAUCAAGAAGUGCUGCAACUACAUGGCAUUGGUUUAUGAAAAUAAUCCUCUCAGGGGCGAUGACCGGCCCAAGUACGUCACGACCCCUGAGGGCGGUCCAGAAACGACAAAGACAAGACAGAGAGCCUACGGCACUGCAUCGCCUCUGCCGGAGAAGCGCUCGCGGGACCCCUCCGGCGACGCCCCGGACUCCGAGAGCGAUCGCAAACGACCCCGAGUGGAAGAGGUGCGGAACGGCGGAGAUCCUCCAUCCGCUAGUCGGCCGAAAGAGGAGCCUGCCGCUGCCACCACCGAGAACCAGCCGGCCAAUGACAACCCCGAUCUUGAGGAGGGGGAGGUGGAUGACUGA